CACGGGGAGAGUUCUAUAGCUUUUCCCCGGUUACUCCCGCCCCAGAGCAAAAUGCCACCUUGUGGAGACAGCCGAACUCGGCUAUGAAGCGUUUACCGCAAAAAGAGGCAGUAGAUCUUUAACUUUUUUCGUGGAUAACGCUCUCGCGAAUGUAGUGAAAAUUCAAUUUUUGUGUCAUUAAAAAGAAUUACUUCAAGUUUUGAUUAAUUACAGUACCACGACUGCCUGAGUCGAUCGACAUAAGGGCUUUUACUAAGGAAAGAGGGGAUUCUAGUAAAGUGGUUGAGAAAUAAGCCGGUAUUCGCGCAUUCUCUACACUGCUUCCUGGCGAUCCUCCGUGGGAUUAUUACACUGGGUUAUGUAUAAACAACACUCGUGUUAACUGUUUAAAGAGCACGAAAUAUAAAUGUUUUUGUUAGCAAAAGCUAAAACUAACGAAAAAUGGGCUUAACUAAACAAUAUUUGAGAUAUGUCCCAGCUGGGAAUUUUAAUAUAAUUGCAAGUCAGCCCUGCAAUGUGUGCUUUGUAACAUUAGAGGGUCAAGAAGGAAGAUUUGUUGCUGUAGGAGCUUGUGAACAUAUAAUUAUUUGGGAUUUAAGAUUAGGAGAGAAGGCUCAAGUUUUACCUGGUGAAAAGACUGUUGUUACAGCGAUUUGUGCUAGUCCCAAUAAACGUCACCUUGCUGCUGGUUACUCCGAUGGAAUAGUUCAGAUUUAUGAUUUGAAAUCUGCUGAAGUUAUUAGCAUCUUUUCGGGACAUCGGACAGAAGUUACUACAUUAAUUUAUGAUAGUUUUGGACACAAACUGGCUUCAGGUUCAAAGGACACUGAUAUCAUAGUUUGGGACACAGUUGCAGAGGUUGGAUUAUGCCGAUUAACUGGACACAAAGGUCCUAUUACACAAUUGCAGUUUAUGACUAAUCAUUCUAUUCUAAUAUCUGGUUCAAAGGACAGUUUUGUCAAGUUUUGGGAUUUAGAUACCCAGCAUUGUUUUAAAACUUUGACAGGACAUCAAACUGAAAUUUGGUCAAUAGCAUUGAUGAAAGAUGAUCAGUAUUUAGUAACAGGAUGUGGAGAUGCAGAAUUAAGGGUGUAUAAAAUAGUUUUUCGUGAUCCUGACAGUGAGAAUAAAAACCCUUUGGAAAAUUUAACAUCUAGAUUAGAAUUAACUUAUCUAGAUGAUGCCGAUGAUACCACUCAUCCUUUGCAAUGCAAUAAGGCUGGUUCACUUCUUAGAGGUGGAAGAGGAAGAGUUAUUUCAAUGUUUAGCGAUGCAAGUGGACAAAUUCUUGGAUGUCAUGGAACAGACAUGCAAAUUGAAUUGUUCCAGUUUCUUUUUGAUGAAGAUGCAAAAGUAAGGCUCAAGAAACGCCUUAAAAAGGAAAAGAAGAAAACAAAAUCUGAUGAAAGUAUGGAAGAAGAUCAAGAAACUCAUGCAGAUUUAAAUACGCAACUAAGUUUACGUGACGAAGUCAAAAGACUUACCUCUAUAAAACUUUCUGACAAGCCAAAAAGUUUCGACUUAGUAUUGGGCAAUGGUGGCGAAUUGCGUGUUACAGUGACUCUUAGUAACAACGCCGUAGAACUGUUUACCAUUAAUUCUUCGAUAAAAGAUUCCGAGUCUAAACACUUGAGAUCAAUUUUAAAUCACGGACAUCGAACCGAAAUGCGAUCCGUUUGUUUUAGCAGCGACAAUUUGGCUAUUGUAUCUGGAAGUGCUGAGUCAAUUAAAUUGUGGAAUAGACCUUCGCAAGCUUGUUUGAGAACAAUUAAUACUGAUUAUAUUUUAUCAACUGUUUUUGCACCUGGAGACCGACAUUUGUUGGCUGGUUUAAAAAAUGGAAAAUUAUUGAUUAUCGACAUAUCGAUUGGGGAAAUUUUAGAAGAGAUUCCGGCUCACACAAAUGAAUUGUGGGCAGUCACUUUAACUCCAGACUUGAGAGGCUGCGUCACUGGAGGAGGUGACAACACUGUAAAAUUCUGGCAAUUUGAACUGAUAGUCGAUGAACAAAGUGAAUCUAAGGCUAAAGUAUUGUCUUUGAUACACACUAGGACAUUAAAAUUGGAAGAUACUGUUCUUUGUUUAAAAAUGUCACCCAAUGGAAAGUUUAUAGCAGUAGGAUUAUUGGAUUCCACAGUCAAAAUAUUUUUUGUUGAUACUUUAAAGUUUUAUCUAUCUCUCUAUGGUCACAAACUCCCAGUUCUAUGUUUGGAUAUUUCCUCGGAUUGCGCUUUGAUAGCGACCGGUUCCGCCGAUAGGAACGUCAAAAUUUGGGGAAUGGAUUUCGGAGAUUGUCAUAAAAGUAUUUUCGCCCACGAUGAUUCCGUGACUGGUCUUCAGUUUGUACCGAAAACGCAUUACUUUUUCACUUGCGGUAAAGAUGGUAAAGUAAAAGAAUGGGACGGCGAUACUUAUGACAAAAUUAUGACUUUGCAGGGGCAUGUUGGAGAAGCUAGGGCAUUGGCGGUUAGUCCAAAUGGACAACAUGUCGUAUCUUGUGGUGCAGACAGAGUUUUAAGGAUGUAUGAGAGAUCAGAUCAAAUUCUAGUUCUGGAAGAUGAACAAGAAGAAGAGAGAGCUCAACAAGAAGAAUUGGCCACUGGCGAGCAAACAAUCAUUCCUGGACAACCAGGAUUGAAUUUGCCUUCAAAAAAGACCGUAGGAAGUGAAAGAGCUGCGGAAAGUAUUCUUGAAUGUUUGGAAUUAUGCGAGAAAUAUAUAGAACAAUUAGCUGAGCAUUCGGCCAUUCAAGCAGCUUCCAGUCAAACUUUGCCAGUCCCUGUUCCUCCACCAUUGAUGUUAGCUUUACAAGUCUCGACUCCAGAUGAUUUUCUCUUAGAGACUAUGAAAAGGAUUAGGCCGAGUGAUUUGGAAGAAGCUCUUCUUAUUCUACCAUUUGCAUCUGUAUGCGAAAUAUUACAGGUGUUGCCAAACUUAAUGGCUAGAGGAGAUCAAACUGAGCUUAUUUGUAAAAUUUCCAUGUUUUUAUUGAAAUUGCAUUAUGCUCCAAUAGUUGCAAAUCAUUCUCUACUCGGCACUCUCGAGAAACUUAUGAAGUUCGGCAACGAAAAAGUAAAAGAACUAAGGGACCUGGUCGGUUACAACUAUUAUGGUAUGCAGUUUAUUCAGAGAGAGGUUGAGACAUCUGAAGGAGUACAACUGUUUCGAGAUGCUACCAUAGAAAAGAACAAAUCAAAUAAAAGAAGAAAGCAAAGAGAAAAGUUGAAAAGGUCCAUUAUGGUUUUAAGUUGAAAAGAAUACCAAUGUGAUAUUGUUGAAAAAUAAAAUGUUGCUUUUGAA